CCGGCGAGCUCGGGAUCGAGCUCGGGCUCAGCUCGGCAGGGUUUUUUGUGCGCGUGCGCGACUCCCUAGGCUUCCCCUGGUUGCCGAGAGAGCCGGAGAGCUAGUGACCCAAGGAAUUAAAAAAAACAACAACUGGUAUUCAUGAGUUGUGAUUACACAAAAACUACACAAUGUCAAGAAAGAACAAAAGAUCCACUGGAAAUGUUUCAAUCUGGGCACCUGGUAAAAAUAUGUGCUCCUAUGGUUCGAUAUUCAAAAUUGGCUUUCAGAACACUUGUGAGGAAAUAUAACUGUGAUCUGUGUUAUACUCCAAUGAUAGUUGCUGCUGAUUUUGUCCGAUCUAUAAAAGCCAGAGACAGUGAAUUCACCACAAACAAAGGUGAUUGUCCGCUGAUUGUUCAAUUUGCUGCUAACGAUGCACAACUUUUAUCUGAUGCUGCCCGAAUAGUCUGUCCUUAUGCGAAUGGAAUAGACAUUAACUGUGGUUGCCCUCAGAGAUGGGCCAUAACAGAAGGAUAUGGGGCAUGUUUAAUAAAUAAGCCUGAACUUGUUCAAGAUAUGGUUAAACAAGUAAGAAGUCGAGUGGAAAACCCAAAGUUUUCAGUGUCCAUUAAAAUAAGGAUCCAUGAUGAUCUUACAAGAACUGUAGAUCUUUGUCGGAAAGCUGAAGCAGCAGGGGUUUCCUGGAUUACAGUCCAUGGGAGAAAUAUUGAAGAAAGACACCAACCAGUACACUAUGAUGCAAUUAAAAUAAUUAAAGAAAAUUUGUCUAUACCUAUAAUUGCUAAUGGAGACAUUAAAAGCUUAAAGGAAGCAGAAAAUGUUCAGGAAAUAACUGGGACAAAUGGCAUAAUGGUUGCAAGAGGACUUUUAGCAAAUCCUGCCAUGUUUGCUGGAUAUAAAGAAACCCCACUGAAAUGCAUCUGGGACUGGGUUGACAUUGCUCUUGAGCAUGGCACACCUUUUAUGUGUUUUCAUCAUCAUUUAAUGUACAUGAUGGAAAGGAUAACAUCAAAGCAAGAAAAAAAGGUGUUCAAUGCUCUGUCAAGUACAACUGCAGUUUUAGAUUACCUUACAGACCAUUAUAGUAUGUCAAACUCUGUGUCAAAUAUAUAAUGUGUUCUUUAUAUGAUGAAAAUCAGUUAUUAUGGUUUUUAAAUCAAUGCUUGGUUUCUUUAAAUCCUUUGGUGCACAGAAAAGGCUCACUAGUAAUGUAGUUUUAUCUGAAUUUUUUCUGAAGGGAUUGUAUCUUUAAUAUUUUUAUAAUAUUUUAUUUUAAAAAUAUUUGUGAUUUGAAUAUAGCUCCUAUAUGUGGAUAUGAAAAUUGCAACACAUUUAUUUUUUAAUAAAAAUAACUGCAGAGAAGUUAUAAAAGCAGUGCCAAAGUCCUUCUGUUUAACAACUUCUCAGUACUCCCAGACCAUUUAGGAAAUUGAAAGAACUUGAUAAACACAUUCCUGAAAAAGUAAAUUAACGACAUUCCCUUUCCCAUCCAUGAAGUAGUUUCCUAGCUGAGAUGUCUGUAUCUGUCAUAUUAAGGAUGAAUGUUUUUAGUGAUAGAUUGUAAAGGAUUAUGAACAUCUGACUUAGUGGAAAACAAAAAGAAAGCUUAUCCUUCUUUAAAUUUUAAAAAGUAUUAAACCAGUUUUGAUAAGCAAGUUUUGGUAAUUUCAUGCUUUUCUUUGACUGAUGACAAUAUUGAGUUCUUUGCUAAGAGAAUUUUACCAUAUGCUGAGGAGGAUAUGCCACUACUGGAAUUGAGUAUUUUAUACUGAAAUUAGUUCAAUCCUAUAAUUGUUUUAGAUGUUUGACAGCAAAUAUUUAUACUCCAUUGUAUUAGCAAAUAAAUUGAAAAUAUGAUGUGAAAAUUGUAUAAGAACUGCU